UUUUACGAGACGCGUUGCGACAGAACGGGGCCUUGAAAGUUCAAGCUCAUGCAAGGCAUAGACUUAUCCUCUGACUUAUCGGAUACUUCUUCAAUUCCAUCUACUCCAUUCCAACCUUGAACCGCACAUUCACACACACGCACAACAAUACAAGUGAGUCUUGCGGAUUCGAACCGCUUUUAUUCUUUAAAAAACACGACUUACUGCACUGUACUGCACUUUUACUUCUGAAGUCCGCCAGGGCUAUCUAAUCCCAUCUAGUCCUAUCUGUUCCCUCCAUCUCUUACGUCGUGUUUGGCGCGUUGCCAAUACCGAAUCUUCACAUCUACAACCGCCCUAAGAUGUCAUAGGUGAAUUGAACGCAAUACAACAUGGACGCUAGAAGCACUCCUCAGGCGUUCCUCUCAUCCUAUGCGCCGCGCUUGCGCGUCUACAACAAUUCUCUUCUUUCUCCAGUAAUUCAUUCUACCGCACCCACCGGCCCGGUAUCGCGAACAACGAAGCGUGGCACCACCGUAAUCAAUUACGCCGAGGAUGGUUACGAUUACGACGACGAUGAUGAAGAGGAUUCUCGAAGGCGACCUACAGGCUUGCGUAGCCUAAGACGUGAAGACAGCGCAUCGAGAAUAGAUCCAAGCGACAAGUUUGGGAAGGAGACCAACGCGCCUGUCGAGGUCCAGGGCAUCUGGAGGGAGUGGUUCAUGAAGAAUAAGAUUCGAUCAGACCUAAGCAGCCAGGCCCAAGCCUUACUACCAGUGACGCUUAUUCCUAUUCGUAUCGAUGUCGAUAUUCCUGCAUUCAUGCCUAUGGCACCCUUCCCGGUCCCUCGAGGGCUUACUCAACCCCCGCCGAAUAUGGAUCCAGCUUUGUAUCGAACAGGAGAGAUGACAGUCCCAUACAAGUUGAGAGAUAUCUUCUUGUGGAACCUGCAUGAGACCAUGAUGACGACGGAUCAGUUCGCUCUCACUCUCGUCCAAGAUCUGGAUCUCCCCAACUCAGCCGCCAUUGCUGCUGAGAUCAGCAAGCAGAUCAGAACUCAACUAGAAGAGUAUGCUGGUGUUGCUCUUCACCCUCUCUUCCAUUCGGAAGACAAGGCACCUACGAACGGCUUGGGAUUAGCCCCUCAGGCCAGCUUCCGCGAUACCCCAGCCACCCCGGCCACUCCUCUACCUAAUUCAAUACGGGCCCCCGAGACGCCCUUUCGAAACAGUCUAGAUACUGGUGCUGAUACUCCAAGAGGUGGCCGUCUCCAGGUUAACGAGAUCACAGCCAGUGCUACGCCAAUUCCCGCCGAUUCUGACGAGUUGAAUCCCGAUGACACUUACCGAUGCAUCGUUUCCCUAAAUGUCAACCUUUCUUCUCAACUUUACACGGACAAGUUCGAAUGGUCGUUAUUGCACCCGCCCGGUACCGCCGAGGCGUUCGCCAAAAUCACGUGUGCCGACCUGGGUCUUUCUGGCGAAUGGGUUCCGGCUUUAACCCACGCAAUUUAUGAGGCCGUGUUGCGCCUCAAGAAGGAAGCGUGCGAGGCCGGUGGUCUGGUGGCAGGGUGGGGUGGAAUCGGUACGGAGUACCCUAAUGAUGCCGCCCAUGGAGGUGACGCCGGUUGGCGAUACGACCACGAACAUCUUGCGGACGAGUGGGAGCCAAAGAUCGAAGUACUAUCUAAGGAGGAGAUUGAGAAGCGUGAAGUCGACAGAGAACGACAGAUCCGCCGUCUUCGCCGAGAGACAGCUCGAUUCAGUAGCAAUGCUGGCAUGAUAGGUGGCGUGCCUGGCUUGGGUAUUGAGGUCGAAGAGGAGCGGAUGGGACGCGGAGAACGAUCGAAGAAGAAGCGCAGAUUCCGAAGUCUAAGCCCACUCGGCCGAUCCGGUACUCCGGGCGGUAGAAUCACACCGGAUGUAGGAUACGGUGGAGGCGGAGGCAGCACGCUCACCGACCAGGAACGACUCGGCUGGCGUUGUACCCACUGUCGUAUCUGGGGAACCAGUGUGUGGGGAGUCAGAGACGGGCCAUGGGGUCCCAGAUCUCUCUGCGCCAAUUGCGGUCGACUCUACGAACAGACCAAGACGUUGCCCCGAUUGACCAAGAAUCUACACCAGGCGGACAUGCGUCCAUUUUAGGAAUCUGGAACUAAUGCUCCGACUGUCGUGCAGUCCGAGAAGAAGAAGAAACGAAAGAGCAAGGGAAAAUUAGAGAGACCUUCCCCCGCGAAGAGAGCUAAGAGAACUCGCAAAUCGACUUAAGAUUUAAUGGUUGCAUUCACGAUACCAGGCGUUUCUAGGCGGGAUUGCGUAUAUCACGGGGCUCCUUUGUGUUACUUUCCCACCUGCCAGGAGUCGUUGGCUACGGUGUAUACCACUUGACGCAUCGCUUCGCCCGAAGACUUGCGCGAGGGUGCAGAUGGUUAAGCUAGCUUGCUUUACGCAUGGGUGGUUUGAUAGAGCAUAUAUGUGCUGUGCUUUGUAUACUAGGUUGCAGGCGAAAGACGCGAGAGCCAUGGACAUCACGGCGAGCUUUGCGAAGCUCGUACACAAUUGACAGCUGU